GGAGCAACACUUUCUUACUACGUAAGAUGAGCAACAAAAUAAUUUUAAAUUAUUAAUUGAGAUUUUUAAGAGAUUCUCUAAACUGUUACAAAUUGUGUAAGAAUAAAAUUUUCAUUUAAUGCUCUUAAAAUAAAAGCAAAAAGCUCAAAAUAUUGGAGCUCAAAAACCGCUGCAAUAAACUGUUAAAACAACAUUGGUAAUCUACUGACGCCCAUAAAUAUUUCAAAAAAGAAAAAAUUAAAAAAAAUAAAAUUAAAAGCCAUCAAUAACUGAACUUAAAAAAUAAUUAAAGUAAACUUGAAAAAACCAAAGUGCAAUAAUUAUAUAACUCGUGUGUGUAAAGUGAAACCAGCCGUUGUCAACGAAAAUACAAGCGCAUCGAAUUCGCGAAUUAUUAAACGAAUUUCAAAGCUGUCACAUAUUAAAGCACUUAACUGAGGAGCUCCGCACCGAAACGAAGAGAAGGCUAUGCGACGUCGCUGCAAAAACGUACAAAAAUAAUCGAAAGAUUGCUGCUUCUUCACUACUUUGCAUAUUAAAAAUAACAAGCAAACAAACACACACAUAAAUAAAUUUAUUGGAUAUGUGAGUUGUGUGCUCUACAGUUGCAAUUGCAUAUACGCGCACGUUUGUACAUAUGUAUGCCAUAUGCAUGCGAGGCAAACAAACACGCAGGCAAGAAAUUACCAAAUCGCCAGGCCAACACCGUUAACACGGACAAUUUUUGUGCAUGCGCGCAGCCAUAAACCAAUAAUUGCCGAAACCUCGAAGAGCGCAAUCCGCACAGUUCACCGCUUUUUGGCCCAGCGUGAGCCGCAAUCAAUUGUCACUUUGGUAAAGCACCCAUGAUGGUGAUGAUGGCGUUUGGCCGUGCUUUUAAUUGCGUCAUGGAAGGUUUGCAAAUUCUUCUGGGUCAUUUAUUUGAUAUUUUCAAGAUUUACCUCAAAUUCGGCCUUAUGACUUUGGUGUUUUACUUUGUGGCCGAAUGGUAUAUACUGCAUUAUACCGAUUUCGAUACGUUCAUGGAACCGCAGCCCCUGCUGAAACCGGUCAGUAAUAGUACUGCGAGUAAAGUAUAUCGCUUUGUGUUGGAUUUUUUCCUAGGCUAGACAUAGUUAGAUGUUGAUUUAGUUUAGUUAUAUCAAAUUAGUAUUAUCUUAAUUCAUAUUUAAUUUGUCAUUUUAAUGAUAUAGUUUAACAAUUUUUUAUGUCGAAAAUAAAAUCAAGAUGGCAAAUUAUAUACAUUUAACUACUGCGGAAGACUUAGACUUUUUAAUAUUCAUGACAAACUAAAGUCAAGGCUUCUGAUUACGUCGAUUUGGUUUCAAAUAAAAAAUGGUAAUGACUUCGCUUAAGUAUUAUAUAAUAUUAGAUGAUGAUAAAAAUG